AUGUCUUCUUCUUUUCGCGACCUUUUAAACAACCCGAACACAUCUCUUCAAGAUGUUCUCUUAGAUGAUUGUUGCAUUUCAGCUUACAGGUAUAAUGAUAACCAGUUAGUUUGGUUUUUGUUAGACAGAAGCGAAGAAAUUCUAAAUUUAGCCAUUUAUUCAACUAAUGCCAAGGUUUCCUUGAAGGCUAAUUUACUUUUAUCAAAAGAAUAUCACGCAUUAAUUGAUGAUAUUGUUGAGAAGGAAAUUUUCGUUCCAACAAUUGAAAGAUAUCUUGAUAAUGAACCUUCACCGGCUGUCAUAUGCAAAAUUGCUAACUUAGCUUCAAUUGUUUACGAAUCAGCUGCAUCUCAGUUUACAAGCGAGUUAUUGAUUAGAUUCUUACCGCACAUUGGUGAUAAGAUGAUUCUUUCCUUAUACGAAACAGUUCUUGAGAAAGCAUCUGAUCCAGAACAGUUAAUUCCUUUAGUUACAAGUACACUUUCCGAAAUCUCCAAUUUCACAGGCUCUGUGACAGACGACGUUAAUGAUGAAAACGCUGUCCACCUCGGCGGCUUGUAUAAGUUAACUUCAUUGUUUAAUUCGAAUACGAUUCUUUCCGAAAUCGUCCAGAAACCAGAGAAUAUUGCUAUUCUUGUGAAGAAGUUCGAGGUUGCCAAUAUAAAUCUCCUUGAUUCUCAAUGGGAAUGCAUAGAUCAAUUUGUUUGUCAGACAAAUGCAGCCGAACUUGAAAAAUCCUUCGUUUCUGUUAUACUACCACUUGUUGGAAUAUCCGAUCCAGCAUUAUUCCAUCAAUACCAGGCUAAAAUGCUUCAUAUUAUUCUCAAAUUAGCCCAAAACAGCGAAAACGUCAGAAAGAUCCUUGUUGAAGUCAAUUUCCAUGCCGAAUUACGCGAGAUUGUCGAGACAUAUCCACAUCAUACCUUAGCACAUUUAGCAGUUACAGAUUUUAUCAUUGCAGCAUCGAGAAUGACCGAAUUAGAGGCUUUAAUUCUUACGCAAAUGCUUCCAUUAUGCGAGAAAAUACUUAGUAACCCAGAUUCCCUCGUAGAACUUAGAGCAUUUGCUUGGAACCUCAUUUGCAAGUUCAGGGACACAAUUAAGACAGGCAAUGCCAGCAGCAACUUCCAGGAGUCAAUUGAGGCUUUCGAUGAAGUUAGUUCGAAGAGAGCUGACGAAUUAUCUGAAAUCGCAAACUCAGACUACGGAGGACCACUUCCUGACUUAUCAAUCAGUGCUGAUACUGACAGUUUCUUAUCGAAUCUCACUCAGCAACAGGUUAUGCAGCUUCUUAGAUUGUUGACGCAGAGACCAAGAUAA